AUGGCAUUGCGCAAGCAGUCGGCAGCGGCCCCUCUGGUCGCCGGCCUUCUUCUCUUGGUGUACGCCCCCACUCCGGUGUUCGCCCACCCUUAUCCUCUCCAAAAUGUCGCAAACAACCUCUUUUACAAUUUGGGCGACCAAUUUAUGAAGCGCGAUUGCGUUCAACGUUGUGGAGCCGACUCUCAGUACUGCUGUGGAUCCGGAGAGCAGUGCUACACCGUUAACAACAUCGCUGGCUGCAGCACCGUGAGCGGAGGUGGAGGCUACGGCAUUUACACCACGACAUGGACUGAGACGAACACCUUUACCAGCACAAUAUCGACAAACUGGCCUGCAGUGACAACAGGGGCAGCUGGGGGAGGCACCGGGGCCACCUGUGUUCCUCAGAGUAGUGGAGAGACGGCCUGUGGCAGCAUUUGCUGCGCCGCCAACCAGUACUGUGCCUACUCAGGGCAAUGCGCUCAGCGCGAUGGCUGGGGCGGAGGCGUCACUACAAUUACAUCGGGAGGCCAUACAAUCACCACCCAAUACUCUGCUCCUUACCGCAUCACGAGCACCGGGGCCACCGGCACCGCCGCCUCAGCAACCAGCACCGGCACAGUCGUACCCAUCACCAACGAGGGUACUGGUGGAGGAUUGAGCGGCGGCGCCAUCGCCGGUAUUGUUAUCGGCACGCUUGCAGGUCUCGGUCUUCUCAUGCUUCUCUGCUUCUGUUGUAUCGCCCGCGGCCUGUGGGGUCUCAUCUUUGGCAAGAAGAAGAAGGAGCACAGCCACAGCCGCGAACGAGUCGAGGUGGUUGAGGAGAGAUACUCGCGUCACGGCAGCCGCAUGCCAUCUGCCCACUCUGGUCGCCCCUCGCACGGCGGCUGGUUCGCAGGUGGCGGUCGUCCCGCCCCGGCUGCUCGUCGCAAGGAAGAGAAGAAGGAAGGCGCCAAGUGGUUGGGCCUGGGAGCCGCCGCAGCAACCAUGUUGGCGCUCUUGAAUCUUAAGAAGGACAAGCCGAAGGCCAAGCCUCGGUCAAGCUACACCGACUCGUACUACUCGUACACGGGGACAAGUCCCAGUGAGUCUUCAUGGGAUUCUCGGGAUCGAUCGGAUCUGACGUCCUACCUAGGCAGCUCUAGCUCGGGCGGAAGAACUCACCGCACCGGCCACACACGCGGCACACACACGACGCGCCACUCACGGAGGUAG